CCCUGCACGCGCUCCCAGUCAACUGGAGUCGAAAAAAUGGUGGCCAGCGCUCGAGUACAGAAGCUGCUCCGACGAUAUAAACUAGCGAUUGCCGCAGCAUUAACUAUUCUCCUGGUCCAGGGGCUUGUGGUAUGGAGUCUAAGGGGUCUGGAAGAAGGCGAGGCACAGAGAAAAACACGACGCUCUAAGCUGCCUGACCACAACAGCCAGGACCCCAAGAGAGACCCCGCACUUUGGAAGAAACAAAACUCUUUGUCGGGGAGGGGCAGAUGGAGCGGCAGGUCGGAGAGGACGGGGGGCACGGCAGCCAGCGCACUGAGGAGAGGGACCAACCGCAAAGGAGAAAAGCCCAGCAUCAGGCUGAAGUCUCCCCAGGAGCGGGGGAUGACGGGAGCUGGAUUGGAUACUGUGGCCCUCCAUGACCUGUCCAGCAGCCGCAACUUCAGCGAGACCCGAGGUGGCACUGACGGGGCGGCAAAGUUACCCACUGCUGCAAUACUGGGGGAGCCGGGCAGCGUGGACGGGGCGCACCAAGCCCCCAGCAGUGACUUUGUGCCUAAAUGUGAUAUCAUAGGCAAGGACGCGCUGUCUGCCCUUCAUCGCGCUGGGUCACAGCAGUGCCGACAGGAGAUCGGCAACAUCGUGUGUCAGCAUCAGGCCGGGAAGCUCAUGCCAGACGCACUUCCUCAGUUCUGCCCCGAGCUCGGUAUAUCAAAUCCGGUCCAGGCCGUUGGCGAGAUGGACAACAGCCUGUCCAAAGUGGAGAACCCCGUCAGAGUGGCAUUCGUUCUGAUGGUCCACGGCCGUGCUGUACGGCAGCUCAAGCGCCUCAUCAAAGCCAUAUAUCACCGUGACCACUACUACUACAUCCACGUGGACAAGCGCUCCGGCUACAUGCAUCGGGAGGUCAUGCAGAUAGCCCAGCAGUACCCAAACAUACGAGCCACUACCUGGCGGAUGGUCACCAUCUGGGGUGGUGCCAGCCUGCUAAAGGCCUACCUGCACAGCAUGCAGGACCUGCUCUCUAUUCUGGACUGGAAGUGGGAUUUUUUCAUCAAUCUCAGCGCUACAGAUUUUCCCACCAGGACCAAUGAUGAACUGGUGUCGUUCCUGUCGCAGCAAAGGGACAAGAACUUCCUCAAGUCCCACGGGAGAGAAAAUGCCCGGUUUAUUAAGAAGCAGGGCCUUGACCGUCUCUUCCACGAGUGUGACAACCACAUGUGGCGUCUCGGCGAACGCAGCAUUCCCGAAGGCCUGGAGGUCUCAGGCGGCUCUGAUUGGUUUGCGCUCACCCACCGCUUCGUGGAAUACGUCAUCAACUCCCAGGAUGCCCUGGUGUCGGGGCUGAAGCAGUUCUACUCCUACGCUCUGCUCCCUGCUGAGUCCUUCUUCCACACGGUGCUCGGGAACAGUCACAUGUGUGACACCCUGGUGGACAACAACCUGCGUGUCACCAACUGGAACCGUAAGCUGGGCUGUAAAUGCCAGUACAAGCACAUUGUCGACUGGUGUGGCUGCUCUCCCAACGAUUUCAAACCGCAAGACCUCAUCCGGAUCCAGCAAUUGACCCGUCCGACAUUCUUUGCCCGCAAGUUUGAGUCAACCGUGAACCAGGAGGCCUUAGACAUCCUGGACACUCACCUGUAUGGCCAGUACGCUCCGGGCACCGUUGCCGUCAAGGCGUACUGGGAGAGCCUGUUUGAGCAGUUGGAUGGUGUGGGCUCACUCAGUGACGUGGCUCUCACUGCUUACACCGCUUUCUUUCGUCUUGGUUUAAAGAAUCUGGUGGCCACUCAGAGCAAAGUGGAGGCCUGCAGGUUUGAACCAGUAGGCUACCCUCUAUCAAUACACAUGUACUUUUAUGACGACCGUUUCCAAGGAUAUCUGAUCCGUCAGGAAGUCCAGGCUGUGGGUUCAAAGGUCAGGGAGACACUGGAGAUGUGGGCAGUGCCCCAGUCCACGCUUGUCCUCGAGACAAACCUAAAGGAGUUUGAAAGGCUCAAGAAUCUGGAAAUCGGCACAGAGUGGGAUCCUAAAGAAAGAAUCUUUCGCAACUUUGGGGGCGUGAUUGGCCCUUUGAGUGAACCACUUGCAGUCCAGAAGUGGGCACGCGGCCCCAACCUGACAGCCACUAUUGUAUGGAUUGACCCAGCUCUGGUGGUGGCUGCAUCUUAUGACAUUACCGUGGAUGUGGAUGCAGAGUACACCCAGUACAAACCCCCGCUGCAGCACCCCCUGCGGCCCGGUACCUGGACGGUGCGGGUGUUAAAACAAUGGGAGCGCGUGGCGGAAGUUCGCUUCCUCGUCAUGCCCUUAACCUUCAAAGAUAAGGAGCCACUACGCAAAGAAGAGGACAGCUGGCUGCAUGCAGGUCCUGCAGGUAACCUGUACACGGAGCAGAGCUUCCAGCAGCUGAGCUCCGUGCUGAAGCUGCCUCCCCAGGAGUCGGCCAUGCAGGAGGCCCAGCGUAAAGCCCAGCUCGUAGGUCAACCCCUUGAAGCGUGGGUGGACAGCAGCAUAGAAACCUUCUGGGUUACAGGCGGCCUGUGCGCCACACAGACUUCCUCUUGCCCAGCCGUGGGACCUUGCUCCAAGACCUCGUGGAGCUCUCUGUCCCCGGACCCCAAGUCUGAACUGGGCCCAGUCAAAAGUGAUGGGCGGAUCAGGUAGCCCCAAGAGAGGAGAGACUGUAGACUUCAACAUAUAACACAGGAAGACUGAGGGAGAGCUGGACCUGCACUGGAGAGCUCCAAGAGAACCUGUGUGAACCGGAUAUUGUCUCAGAGCUCAAGGGCACAUAAACAACAAGACAUCUUCCUGCACUGAGGAGUCAAGACAUUCUCAGUCAAGUGGUUCUACAGACUUAAAAGAGGAGGAUGUGACUGCUGGGAAUUUGCACAUAGGGGUUUUCAAGCGCAAGGACUUGUCAUUGUUUGCUGAACAGAUACACAGCUGCCAGAUGUAUUGUGUUGUUUUGCUGGCAGGCAGCUUGUCAGUCAUGGUCGGAAGUUUGAGAAAAAAAAAAACAACAACAACCCUCUGUGCAUGUUUGACUUCUGUUUGGGCGCACAGUGUUCAGUUUUUCUCUGCUUUGAAAGAAUCGGGAAGCAGUUGUCUAAACUCAACAACAGGCUCCUCUUCAUUUCAAGGGAGAGUGGAACCUCUAAAUCAUGUUAUUGUGCUUAUUUUGAAGCAUUAGUAUGUAUGCAUAAGGAACAGACAGAUGAAGUGCACUUUACUGUAAGACUAUAAUGUUACAGAGAGGUCACUUGGUUAUAGUGCGAGGAGCAGACAUCAUGAGUCACAUCACUUGCAUUUCCAUAGACUCUAAAGCAAAUACUUGCACCAUCACUCCCCUGCACAGACAUAUCACUAAAUACUGAGACUUGUAACCUGUAUUAGGAAAAGAUAAGGAAAGAGAGUGUAGAGAGAGUAUUUCAUGUUUAGUUCGGUUUACUGUGACAUAUCAUUUGAACAUGAAUUUUUUUUUAUUGUAUUUGUUUUGUCUGUUAGUUCCCUAAACUGGCUGUAAAGUGUUAAGUUGUCUUUAAUGCCCAUUGUUGCAGCAAAAGAAAAAGCCACUCUGAGUUGUUUAUCUGAUCAAAGGAAGUGCAGAGACAACCGCAGCAUCAAGGCUGCAGAUAGCCAAGUUACAUUCAAAAUUCCCUUAAUACGCAACAAAACAAUCUCACUCAAAACAACUACAGUUGACAAAAACCUGCAGCAGGUGGCUUGAGAUUGUUUUGCCAGCUUUUCAAGGUUAUGAAUGAACUGUCAAUGUGAAAUCUGACAAAAUGUGAUGUGCUCUUUGGCCCCUUAGAAUUCUUUUGAACUAAAGCCAAUUUAGCAAGAAAUUUUGAGAAGCUUGAUACUACUGUCAUGUUUUAUAAGAGUAAAUACGAGGCUACGGCCGGCUAACCUAGCUUAGCACAAAGACUGUAAACAAAGGGAAUGUCUAGCCUGGCUUCCAAAGGUAACUAAAUCAGUCUACCAGCACCUUUUUAAACUCAGUUUUUUUUUUUUUUUUUUUAACCUUUAGAAGAAUCGAGGUGUAAAAACAACAAAUCGUCGUUUUUACACUUGUUGAUGUGGACUAUUUCUUCUAGUUACCUCCGGGAGUCUCCGCUGGUUGCCUGGCAACUAGUCCCGACCGAGAAAUAAUGCUAGCCCGACCCAUAACCGUUAAAUUAGUUGUUUUUACACUUCUGUUAUUGUAACUUUAAACAAGCAACAUAUUGCGUGUUCGUUAGUGAGCUUUAGAGAUACUGGUAACGUUAGGUGGAUUUAGUUACUCCUAGACAGAGCCAGGCUAGCUGUUUCCAAUUUUUUAUGCUAAGCUAACUGGCUGCUGCAGGUAACCACAAAAUGACCGCACAAACUAUGAAAGUGGUAUCCGUCUUCUCUUCUAAGGCUCAACAAGCCAACCAAUAAGUAUAUUUCCCAAAAUGUAGAACAUUUCUUUAAAAUUCCAAUUGUAAACUUGGUUAGACACACUGUUGUCCCUCCUGUGUAUCAGCGUGUAUGCAGUAUUGUCACUGUGUGUUUGUGUGCUCUGUUUGCUUCACAGGUUGGUUAUUGUUCUCAUUUCUAUUCCAACCGUGCAUUUCAGUUCAGCUCUUUAAGUCCACCAACCAAAAAUGUUAGACAGUACACUGUAUGUUUUAUGUUUGUGUUUUAGCCUGAUCAAGAGAAUCUAAGCUGCCUUUACUUAGUGCAACGAUGGAUUGUUUACUACGGGAUGUUAGCUUCCAGAGAUGUGCAAUGAAUGCCUUUUCAGAGGAUAGUGAGACCCCCCUGUCUGUAUCUUAGGUUGCAUUUUUUAACUAGUUUUAAAUGUUCUUAAAUAAUAAUAGUUGGCCACCAUAUGAGUUUUCAAGUGACCUUGUUUACCUUGCACAGUACAGUUGCUUCAGUGAAGCCCCCGUUUUAUUGCUAAUGAGAGAGCAAGAGUAAUCAGCGGAACCCAAUGUUAUUUUUCUAUACUGUUUGAGAGGAAGUGUGUAUGUUGUCAGUUCAUCUCCAGUGCUCUGUUAAACAAUUAAAAACUUCUGUCAAAUAAUGUGGUAUUUGAAA